AUGGACUAUGCCAUAGGCGGAGAGCUGAUGGACAGGAUUGUGGAGUUUGGCUACCUACAGGAGGAGGAGUCCCGUAAGGUAUUUAAACAGAUGGUAUGUGCCCUUCAGUAUUGUCACAUGAAAGGGAUUGUUCACAGGGAUCUAAAGCCUGAAAAUAUUUUAGUGGACGGCAAAGGAAAUAUAAAACUCAGUGAUUUUGGACUGAGCACCAAGCUUACCCUGGGGCAGAAGCUAGCACAUUUCUGUGGGACCGUUCCUUAUUGUGCCCCAGAAGUCUUUAAAGGUGGAGGCUACGAUGGCCGAGCAACCGACAUCUGGAGUUUGGGGGUUGUACUCUACUUUAUGUCUACAGGGUGCCUCCCUUUCAAGGGAACUGCCUUUGUAGGAAUAAAGGAGCAGAUCUUGGUGGGAAAGUACUCUGUUGAAUUCAAGCUGUCGCCAGAGCUUUGGGAUCUUAUUGCUAAGUUGUUAACUAUAAAUCCUGGAGAAAGACCAACAAUAGAUGAUGUUGUGGGCUUUCAAUGGCUGAAGCAUGGCAAUGAAGGUUCUCCCAAUCCCUUUAGAGAGAACGAUGAGGACAGCUACCCAGACCCCACUGUGAUGGCCAUCAUGGGUGUCAUGGGUUAUAAGCAAGGACAGAUCCUGGAAGCUUUACACGAGAAGAAGUUUGAUCAAGUGAUGGCCACCUACUUGAUUCUUAGGCAGCAGUCACCCUGGGAAGACAUUACAAAAGAUCUUCAGCCCAAGCAGUCUGCUGGAACCUUGAACCUUACAGGCCCUCCCACAACACCUGAAGUGACUAUCAAGAGGGGAUCUAGUGUCUCUAUCCUUUCCACUUCUUCCAGUUUGCACACUCUAACUGAGAGUCCCGAGAAUGACAAAAAGGGGAGAACGAGGUACAGUAGGCCUCCCACCCUGAACUGCCCUGACAAGAAAACAGCCCCCAUUCACAGAAUCUGCCCCCAGUGUGUGCAUGAGGCUAAUUUCACGAACAGCACCUCGGGGGAUUCAGAGAGCACUAUUAACACCUCCGAUGAAAUAUGUACCAUAGUGUCUUGCCCCCAGUGUGUACAUGAGGCUAAUUUCUCGAACAGCACCUCGGGGGAUUCAGAGAGCACUGUUAACACCUCCGAUGAAAUAUGUACCACAGUGUCCUGCCCCCAGUGUGUACAUGAGGCUAAUUUCACGAACAGCACCUCGGGGGAUUCAGAGAGCACUAUUAACACCUCCGAUGAAAUAUGUACCACAGUGUCCUGCCCCCAGUGUGUACAUGAGGCUAAUUUCUCGAACAGCACCUCGGGGGAUUCAGAGAGCACUGUUAACACCUCCGAUGAAAUAUGUACCACAGUGUCUUCAGCACUGGAAACUUAUUCCAGUAAGUUAUCCUGGAAUGUGUCCGAAGCUGGCCCUAACAAAUCAAAGAGCAAGGCGUCCUCACAGGAUGUUUUAUCUCAUCACACCACUAUGGAGGAAGUUCAGUGCAGAGACGUCAACAUACAAGGUGAAAUUAUCGGUUCAUCUCUCCCACAAACCUCACCUCAGGAGGACCUCAGAGGACAGCCCCACAGCAUGUCUACUGCUGGUCAGAGAGAUGAAAGGAGCAGCUCAUCUCUCCUACAAACUGCACCUCAGGAGGACCUCAGAGGACAGCCCCACAGCAUGUCUACUGCUGGUCGGAGAGGUGAAAGGAGCAGCUCAUCUCUCCUACAAACUGCACCUCAGGAGGACCUCAGAGGACAGCCCCUCAGUGUUGCUACAGCUGCUUCAAAGAACAACAUGACCUCACAAGAUAGAUCAACUCCAUUCUCCAGCAAGGAGGCCCAGGAUGAGGGUCCGAUUGUACAAGAAAAAGACCUCAGCCCAUCCUCCCCAGAAACAUCCCAGGGACACCUCAGUGGCCGGAGACAGACUGCACCCAGAGCCCCCUUUAGAAAGCGGGCUUGGAGGAGCCUACAGAGCAGGAUUAUAAAAGGCCUGAGAAGUUUAUGCUGCUGCAUACCAACAGAAAAGAGGGAGCGCCUAGGCUGUAACAAAAUCCUGCCUGUGACCUUAGAGGACCAUGGAGGGAGCCAAGGUAACAGUGCUGUUGGAGGCACUGUGCUCCCCCAAAGCUGAAACCAGAGAGUGAAGAGCAGCAUGCUGAGGAUGCACAGGGCCGCUGGAGAGAGCCAGCUACCUGUCGCCAGGUGUACCAUGAGCCAUUAGAAGAGAGAGCGGCACCGGAAGCAGAGGAGGACCCCAGAGGGCCUGCCCAGUUUGUAUGUGUUCAAGAUGAGUAUUGCUGACCAGGUUGGA